UUGGGCUAGCGCCUGUCCUACUAGUCCUGCGCCCUAUCUGGUCAACAUGGACUUGGAGCUCCGCAACUUCAUAGUGGCCGCCCACAAUGCUCGUCGCAAUCGUCUGGCUCUGGGUCAGCUGCCUGGCUAUCAGUCGGCACGUCGCAUGGCUUUCGUGCGCUGGAACGCUGACCUGGCCAGCCGCGCCGAGCUGAAUGUGAAGCAGUGCGUUCGCAAGAGGGAUGACUGCCACGGUACGGCACGGUUCCCCAAUAGUGGCCAGAAUAUCGCUUACUUUGCCUAUGAUCCGGCUCAAACGGGCCAAAGGACGGAUCAGUAUCUGAUGAGGCAGGCCAUUACCAACUGGUGGUUGGAGUACAAUAAUGCCAAUAUGGGAAUCAUCAAUAGUUUUCCCCACACCUGGGCUGGCCAGUCGAUUAGUCGCUUUACUGUGAUGGCUCAGGAGCGCAAUCUUGCCGUGGGCUGUGCCGCUUCCCGUUUCGUGAAGAAUAAUAAGAACCACUUCCUCGUCGCCUGCAACUAUGCAGUCAAGAAUACUGUCGGCAGUCCUGUGUACGUGACGGGUCCGGCGGGCAGUGGCUGCCAGACAGGCGUCAACAUCGACUAUCAUGGCCUCUGCAAGUUCGCCGAGAAUUACAACAUAUAAAACUAUCCAUAUGUCUUAUAAAUAAGUAAAAAAAUUUGAACAUUUAA